AUGCCGCUCUUGGCGCCGCGGCUUUUAGACGCGCCGUCGUCGCUGCGGCGCGCGACCGCCGAAGCGCUGGUCCAUGCCGAGUACGGUCGGCUCGAGAGCAUUGUGCUCUCGUCCAAGAUCCAUGAAGCGACCUCGCGCGUGCAGAACACGAGCAUCACGUACGAUGAGAGCGCGCAUGCGAUCCGCGUCGACUGCACGAUGGCGCAGAUGCACAAUCUGACAGUCGACCAGUGUGCGCUGGCCAUCUGGAAGUACUACAACAAUCUCGUGCCGAUUGAAGUCAAAGACACGUCGUUUGUGGUGCUCGAAGAGUGGGACGCCAACUUGUCUUAUGGCCGCCUCGUCAUGGAGACGCCCGGCGUCGAGAUCCACUGCCACGUGGUUCAAAAGCGGUUUCUGGAGCCGAACCGAGUUGUCAUUUGCUCGGCCACCAUCGCCCACGAUGAAAAGUUCCCGUACGACCCAGACGCCUACGUCCUCCAUGAAAGCACGUGGAUUGCGAUCGAAGCCGGGAGCCAGCCCGGUAUGGCGCGCGUCUACUACUGCGGACAGGGCUCGGUGCCGUGUGCGCCGAAACCAGCGCUCGCAAUGCCGUACGAGUCGCUCGCAAAGUCGCUCCAGACGUGCUACAAUGCCCACUUGGACGCGGUUAAGCUGGUGAACGUGCCGAUCACGCCGUCGCCACCGCCGUCGCAGACGUUGUCGGGCCAUGUGGAAAACUUGCAGCAGCAAAUUAACGGGCUCCAGUCGAUCGUGCUGCAACAGCAAAAGAUGCUCCAGGCCAUGAUGCUCACGCGGUAG